AUGAGCUCUGACGGCGCCCUGAGGUCUGGGGACGCUAUGGAGGAGAUGGAGCUAAAGGAAAGAAACCACAGCAUUGAAGGGUCUUCGUUUACCGCCACUACCCGUGAGAGCUUCGCUUCUGCAGAAGAAGACUCGACAGUGUCACAGGCCAACGAAGAAGCGUGCAUGCCCACCGGCAAGCCGAGAACCAUAACUUGGAAUGGCACGACUACGGCAGCGCAUGAAUACACCGCUGCUUCUACGGCUGCAACGGACGACGAGGAGAAUGCUCCCGUGGUGGCGCAGCCGCAGCCUCCGCUCGAUCGACUCCAGGCUUAUAUUCAGGUGCUUGUGGGCAACAUCUUGGAGGGCCUUCGCGGGUUCGACGGCAGCAUCACAUGGCUAAAGCGCUCACAUUCGGCCAUCGCAGUCCACUUAGACAGCGUCAACGCCGGGGGUGUUCCGGCCGCAACGGAGGAGUUCAGCGUUGCUUGGUUCGGUAUCGCAAGCGCUGUGCUGCGUGACUUGAUCCAAGAAAGCGUAGCGGACAUUUCUGCUUUCGCGACACCGCCUCUUCCGUCCUGCGAGAAUGAGGAAGCAGCGCGUGGGUUGUGCGUGACGCCGCGCGAGCUGUCCGUUGCCUUUGUCUCGGGUUUGCAGAGCAUUGUUUCGGAGGUGAUGAAUGACGGCGGGUGCCAUGGCCCGGGUGGCAGCCACCACUUCAGUCGCUACUCUUUGCGCAGUUUCGCCCAUGUAAAGGAGAUCAGCGAGAUGAGCCGCCGUCUCAUGGAGGAACACUUGACGCAGGGAGCACACGUGCCACACGCGCUGCGCAACAAGUACAGCGACGAUACGACCCCUAUCGACUGCAAGGAGGACCUCUGCUCCAUUCUCCAGAGCACUGCUGAUGCGUGGGUGUGCAGCUUCUUCCCAGCCUACCAGCAGCGCUCUCGCAACCCAACAGAGGUGGAGCCGUUUUUGUGGGGGGAGGAAGAGGACGCCUCGCGCCUCAACCUGGAGCUGUUCUUUUACUGCUUGUACUUUGCUUGUCAGCAGCGGAGCUUGAUGCAGAACAAGGAAGCUCUUCCGCGCGGCGUUGUGGUGCCGACGGCGUGGAUUGAGCAGCUGCUGAGGUGGUCCACGCAAGCGAAGGAGCAGCACUGCUUGGCCUCACCCGGACCACACCCACCUUUUCCAGGCCCGAUCGACACGUUCGCGCUCAUGACGGUCUCGCCGCACGACCCGCGCCGGCACUGGCUUUCUCUAGACUCAGAGCGAUACCAGGUGAUUCCAGAGACUCUGUACAAUUCCUUCUUUGACUUCUUUGGCUCCGGCCCCAAGUACGUCAUGUAUGGAGCCUUUCCUCUGCGAGAGCGCUGUCUCCUCAUGUGGAAGCCACUUCCGCUGACCGUGUUCACGACAUUUGAGUGGUGGGAGGGGAACGAGUCGGACGGAACGCUUGACAAGUACAGCGUAGAGGUGCCAGUGGAGGAGGCACUCCUGCAUAGCGACAUGCGCGAGGUGUGCCACCUUGCCUGGGGCGUGAUGAGCGAGGAGGAGGGUAUGAUGUCGGACAAGGCAGCCAGGGUGUGGUUUGCGGCAAUCAACGGAACCGACACGGUGUGCAUCUGGUGCAAAGGCCUCUACAUGCUUUCCAUGAAAACAGGGCCGUUCGCGAUUGCAGAAAAGGGGAAUGGGAUGGACCUGACCGUGCAGGAGAUAUUGCAGCAGCUGCGGCGACGUAUGGAGCAGUAUAUGCCGGAGAGCAUGGAGGAGUGGAGGCUGCAGACGAGCGGGAAGGUGCUCCUGUCCAUGGUGCUGACGCUGAACAACACAAACGGCGACGACCGCGGGGGCGAAAUUACAGGCACAAUGGAGGUGGCGGCACACCAAUGCGGUGUGUGCGGCCUGACCAAUGUCGGCAACACGUGCUACAUGAACAGUGCCCUUCAGUGCUUGUCGAACCUCACCUCCUUUCGCACGAAGCUUUUGACGCUUCCUGUUUCGCACUUUUCACAGGCGGUGAUAACUCCGCUGCUCAUUAGGCUUCUGACGACGAUGUGGUCUGGGCAGCACUCCUUCGCAGAGACCCGUGAACUUAAGGAGCAGAUUGGUAUGAGAGUGAAGCGGUUUUCUGGCUACCAGCAGCAAGAUGCGAAUGAGUUCAUAGAAGUGCUCCUGGACCAUCUGAGUGAGGAGAUCAAUCUCCUCUCGGAGCGAUGCUACCGACAGCGCGAAGACAGCGACAAGGCGAUCGCGACGCAGGAGCUCUCCACCAUCUUCUGGAACAACUUCUUGGAGAACAACAGGUCGUUCAUACCGCCCCUCUUCUUUCACCAGUCAAAGACCGUCUUCACGUGCCUCACGUGUGGGGAACGCAGCACCGUCUUCGACAACAACGUCACGCUCUCCGUCAGCAUCAAAGACCCGCCGCAACGACGUGCCAUGAGCGUGGAUGUUAUGGUGGAGCUAAGCAAGCCUGACGACGCAGCGCAGCCCGCUUCACACAGCGGCUUUAUAGCACCGGUGUUUCGACCUGUGAAGGGGGGCACGGCCCGUGCGCACGCGCUGCUGACGCUGAAGGUUCACGUGCUGGUGCAGCCCGACAACACGGUGCGCGAGGAGGAGGUGGAGGAGGCGCUUCAGCAGCUGCUGCUGAGCAAUGCCAGUGCUAGCAGCGAGGUGCUAGGGUUUUUUCUCGAGGGCUCUGCAGAGAUGACUGCGGAGGAGGAGGAGCAGAGGGCAAGGAGUUUGGCAGCGCGUCUGCAGGUGGACGUGCGCGUAAUGGACAUUCCUGAUCACGGUCGCGUGUUUGCUUGGGCACGGUGCUACCUGGCGAGCGCAGAGCUGAGCGCGGCACCUGUGCCGCCAUCGACUACAGUGGGCGCCCCAGGGACGCCUGGGGCACGUGUGUGGUACUUUAUCAAGGACGCGCCUCUUCCCUCCACGACUGUCAUAAUGGGCACCCCGGUUUGGAUUGACGAGUUUCCGGCGUCUUACGGUGCGGAGCACCCGCAGCCAGCGGCUGCAGAUAUCGCUGACGCGGAGGAGCUCGUUUCUGCCAGCGAACCCCAUGACUGCAUGAGCGCCUACGCGGAGCACAUCCGACCGCGCUCUUUAGAGGUGGUGGCAGCACUGCUGCAACGCGUUCCAGAGGACGAGACGGAUGAUGUAGCGCUCUUCAGUGCCACAGAGGCUCUAGGCGGAGGGGUAGGGUACGUCAUGCCUCCAUCUUACAAGGAUGAAGGCAAAGAAAACCUGGCGUCUGCAAACGACGCCGGCGCAGCGGCUGCAUCCAUCGAGCGGGACAUCAAGAUAACUCAGCGCAUUCUCCGCAAAGCCACAACCGCCAGGAUCACAAAAGCCACAUCCACGGGUGGCGACAUCACCACAGACGCGACAGGGAGCGAGGCCUGUGAAAAGGUGCCUGCUUCCACGGCGGUGACGAUCACCAUUGUCGUGUGCAUCCAGUACGACUCUGGCAAGUAUCAGCUCGUCACCGGCGGAUGGAGGUCAGACGCCUUUGGACUCCGCGGCGUAGGUAGCGACAUCACCCCGGAGGUAAAAUGCUCGCUGCACGAGUGCUUGUCGCACUCUAUGCAGCCGGACCUGCUGCGGGGCGAGGAUGCGUGGUUCUGCAGUCGGUGCAAGGAGUUCCGGGAGACGAAGGUGCACCGCACCCUCUUCCGUCUGCCCCCGUGCCUCAUUGUGUCCUUUAAGCGCUUUAAGAUGCACACGUACAGCGCCGACAAGAAGAACACCACAGUGCAGUUCCCCAGCGAGCUCGACUUUGCGCCGUACCUGGACCCAGAGGCCUCUGGACUUCAGGCGGAGGGCACGAAGUACCGCCUGCGCGGUGUGGUGUACCACACUGGGUCGCUCAGCUUUGGACAUUACACUGCGGCCGCCUUCAACGAUUCCGUGAGGAAAUGGGUAUACUACAACGACACACACGCGACGAUCGAUAGCUGCGACGCCCCAGCGCCGCACGGGGCGUACAUUUUGUGCUUUGAGCGCGUUGAGGCUACGCCAAGCUCAGGAUAA